AUGACAAGGCAACCCUCCAAGGAAGACCUCGAGUUGACAGAAUCUCUCCGCCUCUUGACACAAGCCCGCGAUCGAUUCAACAACAACAUCGAUCCGCACUUACACACCGCUACUACUGGUUUCGAGGAAGUCCCGUCCACGUCAAACGGUACGAGUGGCGAGGCCGCCGAAGUCCCCGGGAUCCAGGGCCUCGAAGACACCAUGGCCUACCAGCACAACGCACCAGACCAAGCACCGUCGCCGAACCAAGAACCCAAAGCGCAAAAGGCAGCACGGAAAACGCAGGUCAACAAUGCGCCCAUACUAGGCCAAGUAUGCAGCAACUGCGGCACGACACAAACUCCCCUAUGGCGACGCUCUCCCGACGGCCAAACGAUCUGUAACGCCUGUGGCCUCUACCGGAAGUCGCGUAACCAAGACCGCCCGGUGAAUCUCAAGCGCAACGCUCAAGCAGCAGCCGCGUCGCAGCAGAGCCAGCUUUCCGGCCAAGCUCAGGACCAGAGUUCAUCUCCAGCUGCUAACCAGGGCACGCACCGCGCGACUUAUGUCGCCGAGGUCCACACAGCGGGCACUUGUCCAGGCGGCGGACGAUGUAAUGGCACUGGAGGUCAGCAAGGAUGCAGUGGAUGCCCCGCUUACAACAAUCGGGUGUCGAAGACAGCUCAGUUCGCCCUCGCCCAGGUCAACACACAACGGCAGGACACGGAUAGCCCUCAACCGAUGGGAGAAGCACUGACCGCGGCCAUGAAUGGAAGCAACAUUACGUCGGGCGUGUCGGAGUCCGCUUUUAACGAGACUACCAAUCUCAUGCCCGCCUGUCAAAACUGUGGCACUACCAUCACUCCGCUAUGGAGGCGGGACGACCACGGCCACACUAUUUGCAACGCUUGCGGCCUUUUCUACAAGCUCCACGGCAAGCCUCGGCCCGUCAAAAUGAAGAAGCAGGAGAUUAAACGCCGAAAACGCGUCGUCCCCGCCAUAUCCGGCCAGCUCACCGUCACCCCCGGUCAACAGCAAGCAAACCAAGCGUUCGACCCCUCUCUUUCGCCCAACCCACACACCACUACCUUUCCCGAACCCAGCGGUGCCGUCGGCGGUGCCGUCGGUGGAGCAGUCGGUGGAGCAAUCACCCACCACGACCCCACCACCACCAACAACCUCCCAGCGCCCGAAGCCGAAGACACCCGCUCAUACGGCCCUCCCCCGGUCGACUUCACGCACCACUACCAGCAAAGCCACACCAACGGCCACCACCGCCACGGACUGGCCCAAAACCAUGCACUACCGCCAGACGCCCAACGGAAUCGAAAUCUACGCAAACGCUCCUUCUCGGACGCCGAAGGCGACAGCGAGCGCUACACCCCGGAAGCGACGAACGGGGAUGCUCCGCUGCAUACGCAGCUUCAUGCCGCGGCUAUUGACCCAGCGCUGGACCAGGAGCCGCUCAGACGACCGCCCGGUAUGGGGGUUGGGGCCGGCUCGACGAGUCCGGAGACGGGCGCGCAGAAGCGGGCGAGGUUGCAGAGGAAUUUGGCGAGGUUACAGCAGGAGAUGGCGAUGAUGCAGAGUGAGCUGCGGGACAUCGAUGCUGGCGGGACGGCGGCGUGA